AGCUGUCCCCGGGACUUAGUGCUGAAGUAGACGCUGACGAACCCGGCGCCUGGUGCGGUGGCCAGAGAAGACCAUGGCGUUCAUGGUGAAGUCCAUGGUGGGUGGCCAGCUGAAGAACCUCACCGGGAGUCUGGGGGGCGGCGAGGACAAGGGGGACGGAGACAAGUCUGCAGCCGAAGCACAGGGCAUGAGCCGAGAAGAGUACGAGGAAUAUCAGAAGCAACUGGUGGAGGAGAAGAUGGAGCGAGAUGCACAGUUCACACAGAGGAAGGCAGAGCGGGCCACACUGAGGAGUCACUUCAGAGACAAAUACCGUCUGCCCAAGAACGAGACAGAUGAAAGCCAGAUCCAGCUGGCAGGCGGAGAUGUGGAGCUGCCUCGGGAGCUGGCCAAGAUGAUCGAGGAGGAUACGGAGGAAGAGGAGGAUAAGGCCUCUGUGCUCGGGCAGCUGGCCAGCCUCCCUGGCUUAGACCUCAGCUCACUCAAGGACAAAGCUCAGACUACACUAGGGGACCUCAAGCAAUCAGCUGAGAAGUGCCAUAUCAUGUGACCCCUUGCCCCUGGGUUCUCCUCUAGGAUGGCCAGAGGGCUGGUCCACAUGAGGGCUAAGAGAGUGAGCAUCUCAACUUCCGGAUACUUCCAGUCCAUUUUGGACUCUGCUUUCCCUGCCCCAGCCUAGCCUGAGCCUUCUCGUCCAUGUCCAGCUCAAGCUCUGAUCUAGCUCACUCUCUUUUAUUGCCAGCAAAGUUCCCAUUCUUCCCUUUCUCCCUCCGCUGCCUGGAAAGUUUCCCCGAGAGUUGAUAGAAUUAGCCCAACCCUCUCUGGGUACAGCCUCCAGUUCUUCACACAAGAGCACUCACAGGACACAGAAGCCCUGGCUCAUUUGCCACAGAUGCAUCCUGGCACACACAGACACACGUCUCCUGGGCUCCCAGCCCCUCCAGCACUCAGAUGCUCUUAGGAGAGACCUGGGCACACGGAAGACCAGAUCUUACCCCUACCUUUAUGAUCCUAGAAGCUUUUCCUCUUUCUGGGUUUUACCAUCUGUAAAAUGGGAAUGGGCUGAGUGAUUUCCAAAAUUCUCUGCUGAUUGGCAUUCCUGGCCACUCAGGACAGAGCCCACAUCCCUUCUUGGGCAGGACAGCAGCUGCAGUCCUAGCAUCACACAGCUGCCACUGUGGUUUCUGGGAGCUGAGCAAUGCUGUG